ACGUCGCGUGGCGUUGGAACUCGCAGUUGAAGAAGUCCACCAUCCUCCCUCGAGACAGCUGCAACACCUACAGUACAUACACCCCUACCAUGCAGUUUCUUCGGGCCUCCCACAGGGUGACCGCUGCUGGUCUUCGCCGGAUGUCCACCUCCGCCGCCCUGCAAGCCAAACCGCCACUCGCCGCCGCAUCCGUCAGCAUUACCCAAGCGCCGAACAGAGCCGCCAAAUGGAGUGAACACCAACAAGACAAGAGUGCGGCUAUGGUCGGCCCACGCUUCGAACAAACCGAUCUCUCGUUGCAGCCCAACCCACUGUCCGCCCAAGACCUGAUUUCCAAGGUCCCUGUGAAGUUCGUGCAGGCACGGAGAGUGUCUUGCGAUGGAGGAGGCGGAGCUCUUGGUCACCCGAAAGUGUAUUUGAACCUGGAUAAGAACGAGCCACAAGCGUGCGGUUACUGUGGACUCCAAUUUCAGCAAGAACAUCAUCACCACUAAACCACCCAGUUCCGCUCUCCGCUUGUUCCACCCGCUCACACCAUACAGCGGACUCCGGCAAAGUCAUACGACACGCUCGGCGCGGACGAAAGCUGAUUCCCGGACCUCCUUCCGACGUUCAUGGGUUCGCCCCGCGGCGUGUGGUGCCCUCCACUCUUUAUACCUACCACGCAGUACGCGCUUCGCUCCCUCGUUCCUUCUUACAGUAUUGACUCAAACAUCAAUAUAUGUUUCAAACAGCCUACUUGUGCAAUCUACGUUUGUCUAUGUUGUCU